CAAAUGGUAUUUACUUGAAGGUGGAGAGUCAACAUGGGUGUCAUUGACUCAGGCGAUGAAGUUUAUACACCCACACAAGUGUUCUUUGGAAUGGAGUAAUCUCUAGCAAGGUAUUUAAGGGUGUGCACCAGGACUCCAGUCCUGUCUGCUGGAACUCCAAUCUGGAUCUAACCUCCAUUGCUCACCACAGUCGAGGCAAUGGGGGCAGCUAUGCUUCUCUGGACCUUAACUCUACUGACAUGCACAGCCUCAGUAAUCUCAGAUCCCCACUAUCUUGUGGCCUUCCCAGCAGCUAUUCAUCAUCCCAGCACUGAAACAUUCUGUGUACUCUUACGCUCACUCCCAGAGACAGUCCACCUGACAGUAACACUUGAAACCAAGCUCCAGAAUCACACUCUACUGGACAAGGAUGUGGAAAAGCCAGGGACCUAUGAGUGCCUUGAUUUCCAGGUCCCAGCUUUUAUUCCAGAUGAAGACACAACUCAUUACUCUGAAACAGGAGAAGAAGUGGCCCGUGUUCACGUCCUCAUCCGAAAGGGUGACAGUGUGAGUUUUGAAGAACGGAAGAAAGUCGUCAUCAGGAAGCCUCUAACAAGGAACAUCAUAGAGCUUGACAAGCCCUUUUACAAGCCUGGAGAAACAGCAAAGGUUCGAAUUGUGAGACUUGAUGAAGAAUUCAAAGCCAUUCAUGAAGCUAUCCCUUUGAUACAGCUAAUAGAUCCCAAUAGAAAUCGAAUUGGUCAGUGGGUGGAUGUGAAGCCUCAUCAUGGUAUUGUGGAUCUGUCAUUCCCUCUGUCCUCUGAAGCAACCCUGGGAACAUAUAUCAUUAAAUUUGGGGAAAGAUAUAAAGAGAGGAGAGAAUUCAAUGUGGAGGAAUAUGUGCCCCAUAAAUUUGAAGUACUAUUUGAAGUGCCACAACUAGUCACCACCGCAGAUAAAGAAGUUCAGGUGAAAGUGCUAGGAAGGUACACAUACGGAAAGCUUGUCCAGGGAAAAGUACAUCUGAAAUUGAGGCGAGGCAGGUCAUUUUAUUUUUUUGAAGAGAUCCUAAGUGGAGAAUUAAUUAGUAUUGAGCUGGAUUACAAAGGCCAGACAGACAAGACUGGUUUUGCUUCCUUUACUAUUAAUGCUACAGAUCUUAAUCUAUCUGGAAAGGGGUUCAACAAUUAUGUUCACCUUUCUGCAGAUCUGGAGGAGGACGGAACAGGAGUGACACUCUCCGGAGAGCAUCACUUCGCUGUUGUCACCAGAGCAAUUGAAGUAGAGUUCAUCAAUCUCAAUCCAUACUACAAACAUGGAUUUCCAUAUAAAGGAAAGAUGAAAUUUACUGUGAGUAAGGUACCAUUCAAGAACCAGACUGUCUAUCUUACUGUCGAUGUCAAUGAUGUGGAGACACACUUGUCGUAUGUCACAGAUGACAAUGGAGAGGUUCAUUUCUCCUUAGACACAACUGAAUGGAACAACUCUCACGUUGCACUACGGGGCAGGUCUGCUAUUUUUAAUGUGACCCAGCAUGAUGCAUCUGACCUCGAGGUAAUACGUAAUGAAGCUUUUAGGUGGGUGAAGCCUUUCUACUCAGAGAGCAACAGCUUUCUUGAGAUCAAACAUGUAGAUGAAGAGCUGCCCUGUGGGAAGGAUCAGGAAGUACUGGUGGAUUACAUCCUUGACCGGAAAGAACUGGACCCAGAGGCUGACCAUAUAGAUUUCUAUUACUUGGUUGUGUCAAGAGGCAGAAUUGUCUAUAGUGGACAGAAGCAAGUGCCAGCUGGCAAAGAUGAGACCCUGAAAGGCACCUUCUCUCUCACCUUGUCCACAAGCUCUGACCUGGCACCCAUGGCCAGGCUCCUGCUUUAUGCUGUCUUUGCAGAUGGUGAGGUGGCGGCUGACAUUGAAGUGUUCACAAUAGACAAGUGCUUCAAGCAUAAGGUGAAAGUGGCCUUCUCAGAAAAAGAGGAGCUUCCAGGGUCAAAAGUCAAUCUGGAAAUAGAAGCAGCCCCAGGUGCACUGUGCUCACUCUGUGCGAUUGAUAAGAGCGUUGCUCUGAAGGAGAAUGCAACUUUGACACCAGAAAAAGUGUAUGAUAUAUUUUAUGACGAAGGGCUGAUUGGUGCAAGAGGAUUUAUGUAUCACUUGGAAGAUUUUGAGCCAUACCCAUGCCUGCCAUCUGAAGGGAGGACAAAGCGGUCUCUUAUAGCCCCCUGGUUUCAAAGCCAGCCUGAUGUCUAUAGUCUUUUCCAGCAUCUCGGGAUAAAAAUGUUCACCAACACCAGAGUUAAGAAACCAGUCUCCUGUGAGGUGCCAACGCUUGAAAGAAGGCUUUUGAAAUUUCAGCCAGAAACCUUUCAUGAACCUGUUCCUAUGGCUAUUAGUGUCACGAAUGAAGUAUCUCAACCAGUUGAUUCAGGCCCCCAAAAGGAAGAGAAAAGCAAACCCAGGACACACUUUCCAGAGACCUGGGUUUGGAAUCUGGUUCAUGUCAAUGAGGAAGGGAAAGCAAACCACCCAGUCACCGUUCCAGACACCAUCACAGAGUGGAAUGCCAAUGCUUUCUGUGUGGCGGACAUUGGCUUUGGACUCUCCCAACAAGCCACACUCAGAGUCUUCCAGCCUUUCUUUGUUGAUCCCGUAUUACCAUAUUCUGUGGUCCGUGGAGAGACUUUUGAACUAAAGGCCAUUGUCUUCAAUUAUCUCACGGACUGCAUCCAGGUGAGAGUAACCCUGUUAGAGACGCAAGAAGCAGAGGUGAAGCCAUGCCCAGCCUGCCAGUUUACCACCUGCCUCUGCGCUGAUGAGGCCAAAACCUUCUCCUGGAAUGUGACAGCUACCCAGCUGGGGCAUGUCAACUUCUCCAUUACUGCUGAGGCUGAGGAGACCCAAGAGCUGUGUGGCAACAGGAUCUCUGUGACACCUACGCGAGGACGGUCAGACACAGUGAUAAAAUCCCUGCUUGUCAAGGCAGAAGGUGUCCCUGAAGAAAAGACCUACAAUGCAUUCCUGUGCUCUUCAGGGGACCCAGUGGUAGAAGAGGUUUCCCUUCAGCUACCCGAACAUGUUGUGAAGGACUCUGGCCGGGCCACCGUCUCUGUCAUCGGAGACAUAAUGGGCGCUGCACUACAAAAUAUAGGUAAUCUUCUUCAAAUGCCUUUUGGCUGUGGUGAGCAAAAUAUGGCCAAGUUUGUCCCCAACAUCUUUGUGCUCCAAUAUCUGGAGUCAACGAACCAGGCAACUCCUGAAAUCAAAGCGAAGGCUACUGAAUAUAUGAAGAGUGGGUACCAGCGUCAGCUGCUCUACAAACAUGACGAUGGAUCCUAUAGUGCCUUUGGGAAGCGGGAUGCUCAAGGGAAUACCUGGCUGACAGCUUUUGUAGCAAAGGCCUUUGGUCAGGCAAAGUCCUAUAUCUAUGUUGAUGAAAAUCACAUCCAUGAUGCUGUUCACUGGCUGGGGCAGCAUCAACUUCCAAGUGGCUGUUUUGAAAGUGUAGGCAAGCUCUUCAACAAUGCCCUCAAGGGUGAUGUGGAUGAUGAUCUCUCACUGACAGCUUACAUCACUGCCUCCUUGUUGGAGCUUCAUCUAGAAAAAAAUGGUACCUUAGUAGAUGAUGCCUUGCACUGUUUGAAGAAGAACUUAAGUUCUGCGGAUGGAGCCUACACCAAGGCCUUGUUGGCUUAUGUCUUCACAUUGGCCGGGGACACAGAAUCACAGCAACAGCUCCUGAAAGAGUUAGAGGAACAGGCUGACAAAAUAGAUGGAACUGUGUCCUUUUCAGAAACAGAGACCACUGCCUACUUUCUCUUGGCUUACCUCAUUAUGCCAGAGGUGUCUAUGGAUAAAACUUCCCAGAUUGUGCGUGCCCUCACCCAACGACAGAAUGCAUAUGGAGGCUUUUUCUCUACACAGGAAACUGUAGUUGGAAUGCAGGCUUUGGCCAAGUAUGCAGCCUUGACUUACCGUGAGAUAGAAGACCUCAAGGCAGUGGUAAAAUCUGGAGAGGGUUUCCAGCAUGAAUUCCACGUGGACAAGAAGAAUCAGCUGGUGCUGCAGCAGGCCUCUCUCCCAGAAGUCCCAGCUCAAUACAAGGUGGAGGUAUCGGGGAGUGGCUGCGCAUACGUGCAGACUACCCUUCGAUAUAACCAUGGACCUGAGAUGCCUAAGGUUUUUACUCUGAGUGUGGCAACAUCCCCAAAAGAAUGCAACAAGACUUCCAGGAAAUAUUUUGACAUCCUUCUACAAGUGAGCUAUACAGGGCUGCGAGAGAGAAGCAACAUGGCCCUGAUAGAAGUGAACAUGCUAUCAGGAUUCAUCCCAGUGAAGAAGUCUGUGAGGAAGCUGGAAGAAAGCACUCAUGUAAAGAAAGUGGAAUUUGACCCUGACAGGAUCAACAUUUACCUGGAUGAGCUGGAUAAGAAUGUUCAAACCUACCGUUUCUCUGUGGAGCAGGAAUUUGAAGUGACUGAUCUUAAACCAGCAAUUGUGAAAGUUUAUGACUAUUAUCAUCCAGAUGACCAUGCCACUAUUGAAUAUAAUGCCCCCUGCAGCACAGAAAGUAUAAAGAAGAUAACCAUUAACAUCAUCUACCUUCGCUAUCUGAACUAUGCUACUGUUAGCAAUUAAAUUUCUGAAAAGGA